AUGGAGAGUCAUUGUCCAUUUUGUGUGGAAAUCUUACCUGAUCCAUUACCUAAAAAGAUUUGGAAUAUAUUACGCAAAAUUUCAAAUCAAAAUGGUCAACCUACAAGUGGGUGUAUAUUAACAUCACGUUUAAUUUCUCAUGACAAAGGUGGUAUUACACUUGAGGCAGCAAGAAAAAUUAUGGAGGAUAAUAGUACCUUUG